AUGUCAUCUAUCAUCAUUUUGCAGACCUAUUUUUCUUUGAAAGCAGGAGAGCAGAUUUUUCGAGUUUGAUCUCUCUUGUGCCAAAUAUUAUUGUAUUGAUAACGGAUUUUUGUAACAUUAUAAUUUGUUCGUCAAGCAUACAGUGCACACGGAUAUCGUUUCAUAUUUAAAACUUUACUUCAAUACACAAAAUCUGAAUUUUGUUUUCCAUUUAAUAAGCGAAAUUCAUAAAAUAUUUUUCCAAUAGUUCUGGCCAACGUUCGGAACGAACAAAGGAACAUUUACUACGAUGGCAGUUCAACAAUAUGAAAACGAGCUUCAUUUACAUCCAAUAAACGAUAAUGAAUAUUUGGCAUCGAUAUAUGUGAAUUCUUCAAAGAUGAUCAAUAACUCAUCGACAACGGUUAUACUGGAUCGAUCCGGGUCUAUGAAUGAACAAACUUCACGAUUUGUUACAGUGAUUAUUCCAAUGGUCAUGUCAAUACUUGGUUAUGACCACAAUUAUCGCGUAAAUUUAAUUACAUUUGCGGCAGAAUCUAAAACUUACCGAAAAACGUGCAGUCAACUAAAGGUAGCUACAGGAAUAAUGUCCAAAGGGAAAACGAAUUUCGGGCCCGCAAUUGCAGCACUUAGAGAGCUAUUGGAACUACAUGAAAGGCAAAGUCCAAGCAUACCGAUGAGAGUUUUAACUAUUUCUGACGGAGAGAUAAACGACCCAAAUGACGCAAUAAGAGAAAUGAAAAAACUAGUGAACUUUCUGGCCACAUCCGAUUUAACAAUCAAUUCACAAGCAGUAAGACUGUUUACAUCAUCGAGUCAACCGGACACAAAGGCAUUGUCCUAUAUGUUGCGACUAAACAAUACCGUUGUGACACGGCUUUAUGAUGCUAGAACUAAUGAAGCGGACAGAAACAUUGCAGAUAACAUUGCAAGACUGUUUCUAAUGGAUUGCUUCCACAAUCACCAGUUCCUAAACUUUCAAAGGUCAAUAGUUUUGAAGUUUCCGUGGAAUACUCAUGCAUGCAUGCGAGUUAUACUUUCACCUGGAUGGAAUAUCUUUUGGUUUAAACAUGUGCCAAGUGGUGUUAGGUUGGGUAACGAUACUGUCAACGUAGUCGUUCGAAGGGAACUAUCUCUUGGCACGUUUCACGAAUUAAUGGAAUGGAAACUGGAAUACAUUACUGAUCACAUGAUAAUCUUGAAAAUUGUUGAUACGAAAGAAGCAAUUACAAAUGUGAAUGAAAUUUUGGAGUGUCUUAAGAGGCACGAACGAACAGUAGCUUACAACAGCUCAACUCCGAACACUGAUAUUAUAUCCAAUUUACUGAAAGGAAUUGCCAAUAGUAGAACUAAUUUUCAUGAUUCUAAUCAAAUGGCUACGUUUCUCCGCGAGACUAAAGCCAAAAUGGAUAUUCAAAGAGAAUAUGAUCGUAAGAGGCGUGAGGAAGAAAACAUUGCAGCUGAGGCAGCUCGAAUCAAGCAACAAGAAGAAGAAAGAAGAAGAAGGGAAGCUGAUGCUGAAGCAGCUCGAAUCAAGCAACGAGAAGACGAAGAAAGGAGAAGAAGGGAAGCUGAUGCUGAAGCAGCUCGAAUCAAGCAACAGAAAGAAGAAGAAGAAAAAAGAAGAAGGGAAGCUGAAGCAGCUAGAAUCAAGCAACAACAAGAAGAAGAAGAAAAAAGAAGAAGAGAAGCUGAAGCUGAAGCAGCUAGAAUCAAGCAACAGCAAGAAGAAGAAGAAAAAAGAAGAAGGGAAGCUGAAGCUGAAGCAGCUCGAAUCAAGCAACAGCAAGAAGAAGAAGAAAAAAGAAGAAGAGAAGCUGAAACUGAAGCAGCUCGGAUCAAGCAACAGCAAGAAGAAGAAGAAAAAAGAAGAAGGGAAGCUGAAGCUGAAGCAGCUCGAAUCAAGCAACAGCAAGAAGAAGAAGAAAAAAGAAGAAGUGAAGCUGAAGCUGAAGCAGCUCGAAUCAAGCAACAGCAAGAAGAAGAAGAAAAAAUAAGAAGGGAAGCUGAAGCUGAAGCAGCUCGAAUUAAGCAACAACAAGAAGAAGAAGAAAAAAAAAGAAUAGAAGCUGAAGCAGCUCGAAUCAAACUGCAAGAAGAAAAGGCAGCUGAGGCAGCUCGAAUCAAACUGGAAGAAGAAAAGGCAGCUGAGGCAGCUCGAAUCAAACUGGAAGAAGAAAAGGCAGCUGAGGCAGCUCGAAUCAAACUGGAAGAAGAAAAGGCAGCUGAGGCAGCUCGAAUCAAACUGGAAGAAGAAAAGGCAGCUGAGGCAGCUCGAAUCAAACUGGAAGAAGAAGAGGCAGCUGAGGCAGCUCGAAUUAAACUGGAAGAAGACAAGGCAGCUGAGGCAGCUCGAAUCAAACUGGAAGAAGAAAAGGCAGCUGAGGCAGCUCGAAUUAAACUGGAAGAAGAAAAGGCAGCUGAGGAAGAAGAAGCUCGAAUCAAAUUGGAAGAAGAAAAGGCAGCUGAGGAAGAAGAAGCUAGAAUAAAACUGGAAGAACAAAAGGCAGCUAAGGAAGAAGAAGCUCGAAUCAAGAAACUGGAAGAAGAAAAGGCAGCUGAGGAAGAAGAAGUUCGAAUCAAGAAACUAGAAGAAGAGAAGGCAGCUGAGGAAGAAGAAGCUCGAAUCAAAUUGGAGGAAGAAAAGGCAGCUGAGGAAGAAGAAGCUCGAAUCAAGAAACUAGAAGAAGAGAAGGCAGCUGAGGAAGAAGAAGCUAGAAUAAAACUGGAAGAAGAAAAGGCAGCUGAGGAAGAAGAAGCUCGAAUCAAACUGGAAGAAGAAAAGACAGCUGAGGAAGAAGAAGCUAGAAUCAAACUGGAAGAAGAAAAGGCAGCUGAGGAAGAAGAAGCUCGAAUCAAGAAACUGAAAGAAGAAGCUCGAAUAAAGAAACUGGAAGAAGAAGCUCAAAUCAAGAAACUGGAAGAAGAAAAGACAGCUGAGGAACAAGAAGGUCGAAUCAAACUGGAAGAAGAAAAGGCAGCUGAGGAAGAAGAAACUCGAAUCAAACUGGAAGUACAAAAGGCAGCUGAGGAAGAAGAAGCUCGAAUCAAGAAACUGGCAGAAGAAGCUCGAAUGAAGAAACUGGAAGAAGAAACGGCAGCUGAGGAAGAAACAGAACGUGAUAAACGAGCGGAGGAGGAUCGCCUCGACAAAGAGUUGGACAUAACAAGUCUCAAUGACCCGGACGAUGAACUGGGUUCUUCUCAAACUGUUUUCAUUCUCGAUGAGCACUUAUGUGGCGCCAGGGGAAAUCGUCGCCUCACAAAACAAAUCGUACCAUUGAUGCUGUCACGUCUUUUCUAUGAAAGCUCGGAUCUGGUUCAAUUGGUAACAUUCGUUAGGUAUAAAACUACUUUUGAGCAAUUACGCCAGUCACUUCUACAAACAUUGGAUGCAAAAAGACAGAUUCGAAUUUUCGUAUUAACGAACGAAAGGUAUCAAGAGCGUAAGGAUAUUAAUGUCUUUGCUGAAAUGUUAAUUAGAUUUCUUAGCGUAACUAAUUACUCAUUCGAAUUGCAAGUGGUGAGACUUACGUCAACAAGAUCAACCACUGAACGGUAUGAAGUAGUUGAUGUUAGCGAAUCAAAUGAUUUCAUUGCAAAACAAAUUGCUGGAUAUGAAGACAAGCAAUUAAAUGAUUUACGUAUGCAAGAUUAUGUUGGACGUUAUUGUUGCUUUAAUUACAUCUUUUUUGUUAUAAUUUUUAUAAUUUUAAUUUUACGUUACAUUUACCUAUUCUCUACUGAGGAUAAAUAAAGAAAAAAAAAUAUUUUGU